UACUGCGCGUGACCACAGCGCAGCAUGUCCCUCGCACGCGCUCCCGCGCUUCACCGUCUCGUCCCGCUGCUGCUGCUGCUCGCAGCGGGACGGCAGGCGGCCGCUGCCCGCCCGCUGCUCGUCUUCCUCAUCGACGGGUUCCGUUAUGACUACAUGGACGACCUGCGCGCGCUGCCCGGAUUCCGCGAGCUCGUGGGCAAUGGGGUGAAAGUGGACUACAUGACACCGGACUUCCCGAGUUUAUCUUACCCCAAUUACUACUCACUAAUGACAGGUCGUAACUGUGACGUUCAUCAGAUGACUGGAAACUACAUGUGGGAUGAAGACUCCAAGAAGGAGUUUCUCAUUGGGACCAACAUUGACAGCCGGUUGCCUCUUUGGUGGAAUGGAUCAGAGCCAUUGUGGGUCACUCUGCAAAAACUGGGAAAGAAGGUCUUCAUGUACUACUGGCCUGGGUGUGAGGUGGAGAUUCUGAGUGUCCGUCCAGCAUUCUGUGAGGAAUAUGUCUACAACCCAUCAGAGAAAAACCUCACAGACUCCAUAGUGAAUGCUCUGGAUGUCCUAAGCUCAGGUGAAGCGGCCAUGGCAGCAAUAUAUUACGAGAAAAUAGAUGUGGAGGGCCAUCAUUUUGGUCCAGAGUCUCCUCAGGUCAGAACAGCUGUGCAACAACUGGAUCUUGCGAUGCAGACGCUCAACAGCAAAAUUAAAGAGAAAAACAUGGUGAACAAGCUGAACAUUAUGCUAUUUUCAGACCAUGGUAUGACAAAGAUCCAGUGGAUGGAGAAGGUCAUAGAGCUGGACAAGUACAUCAAAAUGUCAGCUAUUGUCAAGAUGAUGGACAGAGGACCAAUAGUCAGUCUGUGGCCCGAGGCUACCAAGCUCCAAGAGGUGCACGCUGCACUUUCCCAGGUCCCUAACAUGCGUGUCUAUACCAGACAGGAGAUCCCUGAACGUUUCCACUUCAAAGGUGGGAGGUUUGUUUCCCCGCUGACACUGGUGGCUGAUCCUGGCUGGUUUAUCACUGAGAACAAGGCAAAACUCCCUUACUGGGGAAACGACUCUGGGGAGCCGUCAGCAUGGCAGAAUGGUUGGCAUGGUUAUGACAACGAGUUCCUCGACAUGAGAGGGAUUUUCUUGGCGACAGGACCUGACUUUAAGCAAAAUUUCCGGGCAGCUCCCAUUCGAGUGGUGGACAUCUACAACGUGAUGUGCUGGACGUUGGGAGUGAAUCCGUUGCCAAAUAAUGGAUCCUGGUCUCGGGUUGAGUACUUCCUAAAUGGCUCCAGCGGUCCAUCCCUACCCACAACCCUCUGCUGUAUGGGAAUGUUAGGAAUACUGCUCGCACUAUGGGACUAAAGUAUGAAAGAGUUCUGUGUUCAGAGCAUCUGAUCAUUCCUAGAAAUGAUCUCCUGGGAAGAAUAAGAAUAUUAAAGCAUCUAAAAGUAAUGGAAAGGAGAUAAAGCAGGCUGAAAAACUUAGGGAAAUAGUUAGGGAAUUCUUAAGGGCCGAAAACUCAAAGCCUUAAAAUGUCCGUGACCUCAUUCCACCUUCUGAAAUGGACCGGGGUAAAAAAAGAAUUCUACACACCCAUAAGACUACUGGUAAAUCAUUAAAAGUUAAAUAUAUAACAUGUCAGCUGGACUUAGAUUACAAACCACUGCGUUCACAUACUCAAACAAUAAAGCAGAUUCUUAUUUUAGGGUAAAGGUCACCUCAUCUUAUUUUGGACGAGGGGAAAACCGUAUUACGGAUUUCUGAAUAAUUGUAGCCUUGAAGCUGUUGAAUGUAAACCUCUCCUCUCGUUUCCUGCCAUUUUUGAUGAAAGUUCAAAGUUUCUCCAGAAACCAGCAAAGCGUUUUAAAAACCACCAGUUUUUCAGAUAAGGAAUCCUUUUGGAAAUCAUACAGAGCAAUUUUAAAUUGAUAGACUCAAUAAAGUACCUAAUGCUGACAUUUCCUGCUUUAGCAUGUGUAACAGAUAGAGCAUCAAUUAGGAGGAAUAAUGUAAGCUAUAUUUUACCUGCAGCAAAGCACAAAUAUGCUACAUUUAUUUUCUGGUAGGUUUACUCUGUAUGAUGGCUGAUUGCAGGUGAGUUGUUUAUUUGGAAUUGGGCAACAUCUUUAUUUCAUUGGACAAUCGUGUAUUGUAUAAUGACAAUAAAGCUUGACCUUGAUCUCA